AUGGAGAAAAGGGCACGUCAAAUCAGCAGACGGCGAAGUAAAGGACGAGAUGAUUCAGCAAAGUGGAACAGAAAGGCUGAUGAAAAACACCUUAUGAUAACAGACGUCCCGGCAACGCUAUUAGGAAGAGAGGCGAUCAUUGAGCGAUUUAAGCGAUUUGUUUCGCCUGUAGACUGCUCCACAGAAUUUCUACAAUCUCAUCAAUUCCAUACAGCAGGCCCACAGUUCACCCAGUCAGCUGAUAUCUAUAAAGACGAUCCCAGCGAUUCACGGUCACUAAAUGUAGGAGUCGGUACCGAACGAGCUGAUCAUUUUGUGGAGACAAUAAUUGAUGGCCUAUCCGGCGGAGAACGGUACAACUUUACCGUACGUGCUGUGACUGAAGCCGGUACAGGAGAAUUGCCGGCUACACCGCUUGAACCUGUGAAGAUGCCAAUCCAAGACCGACUUAAAAGAGAUCGACUUAAAUUGCGUACAAGCCAAGCUCGAUUUCACACUGUUUCCUCACAAAUUCCAUAA